AACCGCGUGUGCCCACCGAGAAGGCUCUCGGAAAUGGAGGUAGGCAUCCCCUCGUUCCCUCCUCCCCCAUAUAUCCCAGCAAUUCCCACGUAGGAGCCACAAGAGAACCCAAUUCCAAGCUUCAGGGAAGCAGUAAUCCAGGAGUGGAGGAAGAACAGAGCCUGUGACUUCGUUCCCUUCUCUGUGACGUAAUCUGCUGCCUGCAUGGGCGUUCUUCCGAAGGUGCUCGCCGAUCUCCGGACCCGAGUGGGCAGCAUCGACCGGGAGCGGCCUGUCGUCGGGAUCCUUGCCUUUGAGGCGGCGGCCGCCAUGGCACGCCUCAUCUCCCUAUAUCGCUCCCUCGACGACGACGAGGUCCGCCGGCUUCGCACCGACAUGCGGUCCCAGGGCGUGACCUACCUGACUUCCAAAGACCAGGCCUUCCUCCUCCGUCUCGCCUGCGCCGAGCUGGUCGACGAACUCGACAGGGCUGCUUCUGCGGUCGCCCGAUUCGGCCACAAGUGCUCCGAUCCACUCCUCCGGGGCUUCGAUCGGUUAUACGCUGACCUCAAGGCCGGCGGGAUCUGCUUAUUUCUCCGCGACGGCAGGGCUGCCGACCAGGAGCGCUUCGGGCUCGGCGCGAACGUGAAGAGUGUCGAGAAGUGGAUUAAGAGGAUGGAGAGGUACGUCGCGGCGACCUCGCGGCUGUACGCGGAGAUGCAGAGUCUGAACGAGCUGGAGGCCUCGGAGCGGCGGAUACAGCAGCAGUGGCGGCGGCAUAGUGGGCCGAUCCCGGUGCAGAACCCGGGUGUAACCCCCGCCACCCACCCCGUCCAGUUCGAUCUCCGGUCGCAGCGCCAAAAGGUUCGGCGGCUCAAGGACGAGUCCCUCUGGAGCAAGACCUACGACAAGGCGGUCGAUCUUAUGUUCCGCGCCGUGAUCACCGUCUUCGCCAGGAUCUGCGUAGUUUUCGGCCCCUGCGUCCUGGGUUUCCCCGUCGGCCGCGACAGAAACCACAGGGUCCUGAUGCUCCAGAGCAACCUAGAUUACCCGGGCAAGUACUCGUCCGGGCCGCUGGAAAGACUGGCGGCGAAGGGUGUAACUUCCCUGAGGAAUUCAGCUCCAAUAUUCAUGAACAAGGGAGCGCUCGACAAGCCAUUCGAGAGCUUGGGUAAAGUACUGGAAGCUGCUCCAAACACCGUCGGGGGAUCUGGACUGGCUCUGCGAUACGCCAGCGUGAUCGUGCUGGCGGAGAAGUUGCUGACGAUAAAGUCAAUCGAGGGACACGGAGCGCAGGAGGAGGAGGAGGCGAAGGAAGAAGCCGCGGCUGUCGCGAGGGAGGAGAUGUACCAGAUGAUGCCAUUGGGGAUGCGGGGGACGGUGAGGGCGAAGCUGGGGGAGUGCUGGAGGCGGGAGGGUGGGACGACGGACGCGUCGCUGGCUGAGGGGUGGAAGGAGGCGAUUAGCGCCAUCCUCGCCUGGCUAGGGCCGGUGGCACACGACACGCUACGGUGGCAGGAGGAGCGCAACAUGGAGCGGCAGCAGCGGUUCCACACCAGGCCGCGGGUGCUGAUUCCGCAGACGCUGCACUUCUCCGACAGGGAGAAAACCGAAACCGCCAUCGUCGAGGUUCUCGUCGGGUUGAGCUGCAUGUGCUGGUACGAGGAACGGGGACCCGAGUCUCUCAGGUUCUAAAUCGCCUCCGAGCUGAAGAUUACAGCUAGGAUCAAAGACAACUACUCUCGAUUCGUUUGAUUGCAUUCUUCGGCAACUCUUGUUCUUGAAUACAUUACAACGUUCCUGAAUUCAAGUUCAAGACGGUGGGAGUGAUCUGCAUUCAUGCACACAAGAGUUUGGGAAGUAUGAUGUCGUAUGCUUAUCACAGGGAAGGAGAUAGCUACACAACUAGUCUCAUCUUCCUUUCUGAUAGAUUCAUGAUUUCCUUGUUCUUUGUUGAUUUGUUACACAUAAGAAUUCUUGGAAGCAUUUCUGGA